UAUAUAAAGUGUGAUAUAGAAUCAUGCUUCCGGUGUAUAUUUACGGUCGAAGAGAUUCUGAGCCCUCUGCUUCGAGGCCAGAACAUGCUCUUCAUCACGACAGCAGUGAUCAAAAAAUUGGAAUAGCAAACCACGUUUUUCAAAACAGACUCAAUCGUUUUUACAAGGGCAAGUGGGAAGCUGCUCUUCAGGAAAAAUGGAUUCUCACCGUCACUUGCGGCAUAUUGUUUAUUGGGACCACAGUGAUUGCAAUCCUGAAUGUGUACACGUUAAACUAUGCCGAAGCAUCCGAAGACAACGUGAACCUCUGGUGGAAGAUUUUUGUGGCAGAGAAGAAUUCAGGGACAUGGCCAAUAAAUCCGGACACGGAACACAACGAACUUUUUGAAUGGGAAGAAGAAUUGGACGAUUUGAGACAGCAAAUUACUGUUGGGAAAGAGACUGCAACACUGGGGAUAUUUUUAGCUGUGUUUACUGUUAUAGUGAACCUAUUGGGUGUAGUUGCAGUAGUCAAGGAGAACAGGGACCUUCUUCAAUGGCAUGGCGUAACAUUGGGGAUUGAUGAGCUAAUGUUGAUGACGUUGGCCGGAAGUCUGUUCCACUCGUCCAUCCGUGUCAAAGGCUCAGUAAAUCGACUGACUUCAACUUAUCCCACAAAAGGAACUUGCAUCACAAAGCUGGUGUUUUUUGAAGGGAAAUGUCCAGUUUUCCUGACACUCAACUCAUCUGCAAGGUUCUCUGCUUUGGCUGCGUCUCUUGGCGCAGUGCUCAUGGGAUGGGUUGCCAUUGCUUCCGACUUUGCCGCCCAAGGGUUAAAGACAAGGAAGCACCACUGGACCAUGUUCCUGGCGGAGGACGGUCACAAGCCCCAGCGCCGCAACGUCAUUGGCAACCUCAUCACCAGUGCCAGUCGCAUGUUCAGUCGACGCACCAGCAACGCCUCGUCCAUCGAAAUGGACCCCAGGAAGACCCUGGACUCCGACGACAUUUGCACCAUCGAAAUCACGCCUCCUAACGUCGCAGUGCUCAUCGAAGAAGAAAUCACUCCGUUGCCUGCCCUGAUGGAACCCGGCAGCAUUUCGACGGGAUCGAUUUCCAGCUACCAGCAACACCAACAACAACAACAACAGCAGAGCCUUCAUGUGCCCGAGGGGUAUCGGGCUCAGAGGAAAAAGUCAUUCACUCUCAUCCCUUUGGAAGAUGUUGAGCGUGUGAAACAGGCCAUUGCGAGACGUAAUAGUUACGCGUCGUUGGGCAAUUAUCCGACGACUUGGGAGACUGACGAAGAUGCUGUUGUGUCUGAGGCUAUGCUGCCUUUGACCAACAACAGGAGUGUUUCCAUAGCCAAGUAUGUGCAACUCUACAUGACUGUGCUCAUUGGCCGGCAAUGCAAACCGGGUGCCAAUCAAGAAGAGUCCUUCGUGGUGACCUGGUACAAGGACCGCCUCCUGCCGCACAAGCCCCAGCGCCGCAACGUCAUUGGCAACCUCAUCACCAGUGCCAGUCGCAUGUUCAGUCGACGCACCAGCAACGCCUCGUCCAUCGAAAUGGACCCCAGGAAGACCCUCGACUCCGACGACAUUUGCACCAUCGAAAUCACGCCUCCGAACGUCGCAGUGCUCAUCGAAGAAGAAAUCACUCCGUUGCCUGCCUUGAUGGACCCCGGCAGCAUUUCGACGGGAUCGAUUUCCAGCUACCAACAACAACAACAACAACAGAACCUUUGUGUACCCGAGGGGUAUCGGGCUCAGAGGAAAAAGUCAUUCACUCUUAUCCCGUUGGAAGAUGUUGAGCGUGUGAAACAGGCCAUUGCGAGACGGAAUAGUUACGCGUCGUUGGGCAAUUAUCCGACGACUUGGGAGACUGACGAAGAUGCUGUUGUGUCUGAGGCUAUGCUGCCUUUGACCAAUAACAGGAGUGUUUCCAUAGCCAAGGUUCAUUACGAACAGUAGUCAUCAAAAUAAUCCAUCAAUAUACCGUAUUUAAUCAAGUACCAGGCGCACCCUUUUUUCCCCCAAAUUUCAGAAGAAAAAAAGGGGUGCCCGUCAUAAAUGGGUACAAAUUUUUCAGGAAGUUAUGUGUGCAUUAUACUUGAUUAUAAUGGAGAAAUUUGGAACAAAUGUAUCAAGAAAACAUUUUUGUACUGAAAAAGUUGAAAAUUGAUCAGAUUUUUGUUAAAUUCAUGCCUGAAGUCAAAUUUUUUGUUUUUAUUUGCAAAUUUUUGUGGUUUUACAGUCACUAAAAUUCGGGGUGUGCAUCUUACUCAGGGAUAAGAUUUUAGCAAAAUUUCCAACUGAAAAAACCCCAUGCGUGCCUUACUCAAGGGUGUAUGGUACUUGAGUAAAUACGGUACAAGCUUGUCUAUAUCAGUGUUCCACAACCUUGUUGGACCCAUUGACUGGCAAAUUUCCAUAACAUUUUUUGUGGACUGGAAAAUGGAAAAAAAAUUUCUCUGUUGACUGGCAAAAAGUUUUGUGAAAUUUUUGCUCACUCCAAAAAGUUUUGCUUGAAAUACUUUAUCAUGGGAGGUAUUGAAAAAGUUUCUGCUUUUUUGCAAACAAAUUUAACAAGUCUAGAACCAAUGAAGCAAGUAUAGUUUGUGGAAUGUCUUCAAAAAAUUAGAGAGGGGGGCUUGAAGAAAAUUCUCUCAGAAUGAAAAAUUAAAAUAUAUAUUUUCCUCAGAAGAAAAUUUGUCUGGUGUUAUUAGCAUAAAAGCCAACUUUUGUAUUUCAUGAAAUAAUUUCAACUGUAAUUGCCUGGCAAAAAUUUUAGAUGAAGAUACUGUGAUGUCCUCUACAUUGAUAGUUUUGAUAAAAUUAUUGUGCUUGAGAAAAUUUUCUGCGGACCAGCAAAAAACUUUUGACUGGCAUCAGUUUGCAGACCACGGGUUGGGGAACACAGGUCUAUAUCAUCAUCCCUGCUGCUGCUGUGUUUUUCAUUUUAUCAUUUUGUUUGAAGUUUUGCACGGUAUAUUUAUUGGAAUAUAAGACAAAUUAUUAAUAAACACUGUAAGAACAAAAAUUCGCUCUAAUAUUUCUGAUGAUAAACUUCUAAAUAAAUUACGCCCUCCUUCCACCAAGAAUGUCUUUUAUUUAUAAAAAAAGAAACACCCCAUCUUAUGUGACAUCUAUUAUGCCUCUAAUUAAAAAUCUGCUCCAUGAGGGCAACAGCAUUUUAACGCAAAAUUCUGAGAAAUUGAAAUGUAACUCCAUCCUGAUUCCAUGUGCACAAUUAUUUGGUCAUGACUUGUGUUGUGUUUCUUUGGGGACAUUGAUUUAUUGAUUGAAAUUUGUGCAUGAUUAUUUUGUUUGGGAAUAGCCUGCUUAGAAAAAUCGACUUUGUUUUUUCAAAUUUUCCAGGCAGGAACAAGUGCAUGUAUUAUUGAACAUUGAGUCUGAUGUUUGAAUAAAUACAUAUUAAAUAUAUACAUACUGCAUGCGAAAAUUUUUCAUGUCUCCAGAAAAAUCUGCUGUUUAUAGUGUGUUCGCAGUUCUUGCGGAACGGAAUUAUUUGCAUAACAAAUUUUUUUUUUAUUCGCGAUUCAGUUCCAAAAUAGAGUCCAUAGUUGAGAUGAUUAUGUUCAGUGCAUACACAGUAACUUCUUGUGGGGAUCAAAUAAAAUCACCGUUGUUUUUUCGUUUAUCCGAA